UUCUCUUGCUACGCUUACUCCGCUGAUCUGCCAAAGCUGGGUCGCCAUUAUGCUAGGAUUCGAGUUCAGUCUCCGGCCCUUCUGCACGGUGGACCAAGACACACUAGGAAAGAGAAACCCCGACUCGAAUCUAGCAUUGUCCGGCUCAAAUUAGGAUGCGGGUACCCCGCACCGAUGGGAAUCCGUCCGAUUACGACUUUUUCUCCCAUAUUGUAUUUUAGAUUAAAUUAUUUUGACGAUCAAUCCUCACAACACAUCCCACAACCACCAUCAAUUACGUGUUAGACGAUUGGUGUCUUGUUAUGUAUGCGUUUUCACUCUGUAUCUUGUGUUUUAUCUCUUGUCAUUGUGAAUUUUCUGUGUCCAAAGAUGUCCACCUACACAUGACUAGUUAUUGUUGAUGUCUCAUCUCGUCAUUUCCGGACUACUCAGCAUACCCAUCUGGCAAGGGAAUUGAAGAUGGGGGUUUAGGGGGAUGGGAGCUAAAACGAAUGCAAGAAAGGAGAGAAGAAUGGAGCCAGAGGUAUUAGAAGCAGAACUUGUAUUGCCAACCUAUUUCAGCUUCAAGAAGGUUCAAGUUUACGAGAAGUAUCCAAAGGGCCAAUCCAGUGCCAAGCGUUUCAAGCAUCUCAAGCAGAUCAUUCAAGCCGAAAAUUUCCAGAAUUACCCUCCCGAUGAACCUAAUUAUGUUAACAUUGAAUCACCACCUUCAAUGCAUCCAAGCAAGAGGAUAUGUGAUAUAACAGGAUAUGAGGCACCAUACCACGAUCCGAGGACCAAGCUUCGUUAUGCAAAUGCCGGUGUCUUUAAGGUCAUUAGGUCACUUCCCAACGAGUAUGUUCAGAGGUAUUUGGCUCUAAGAAAUGCAGCAGUUGUUUUGAGGUGAAUUCAGUGUAUGGAAGGAACAUGGGAUCUCUCUCUCCCUCUCUCUCACAUCAAAGGAAUAUUAAAAGGACCACUUACCCGACAGAGAAAGUUCAUGGUCACUCAAUUUUCGAGCAUCUGACGCCAGCUUUGAUUAUUUGUCCCACCUAUUCAAGUAAACCUCUAGUUGAAACUUCAUUUUUGGUGUUACCAUACCUCGUGACUCGUCUAGGUUUCUUCUUUCAACAAAGCGAUAGGGUUGCCAGGCGAUUACUGGUCGGUCCAAUUUUUUUUUUUUUGGUAAAGUAGUCGGUCCAUUUUAGUUGCCGUGCCAAGCAAAGAAAUCUCAAGUCCACCAAAUAUAAGAUUGUCAAAGAUCUGGUGGCCAAGGAGAUCUUAACCAAAAUUUCAGAAUAGUGGGUAUUUGAUGCAAGUAUCUUUUCGUGGGGCA